AUGGAUCAAAUUAAGACUUUUUUCAAAAAAUUUGAUUCUGCUACUGAAGGGAUAUCAGAUGUUGUGCGAUUAAAGGCUUUGGAGUCUAAAAUAAGUGGAAGAGCGGAAAGAGCUUUCAAUACCGCGUUAGGAAAUUCACCGUUUAUUUACUCAUCGGUUCGACGCGAAAUGCUUCGUAUUCUUGAAACAACAGACACAAAAGAAAUUUGUGCGUUCGACGAGCUCAUGUCUGGAAUUAAAAGACGGGAGAAUGAAAAUAUCGAUUCACUUGCCAAUAGAAUUGCAUCAUUGGUCAAACGAGCUUACCCAGGGAUGACAAACAAUUUGUUGGAUGAGUAUUCAAUAAAACAUUUAAUAAGAAGUAUCGGUGACUCAAACCUGGCACUCAAUCUUGAAAUAGCUCGACAAGACGGAAUGAGUUUUGACAGUUUCGUGUCUCUGGCAGCUAGAGCAGAAUCGACACAGAAAGCGACUCGGCAUAUUAACUUCCAGUCUAAACCUCCUGUCCGGCAAUUCUCACAACGUAAUAAUAACUUUUCUCCUCGAAACGAAAUUACCUGCUUUAACUGUGGAAAGCCAGGUCACCUCGCACGCGAUUGCUUCGCUAAUCGAAAUAAUCAAAAUAUGGUGGAGGAUAACGUGUCAGUUGCUACUGAAGCCAAUAGAACAUUUCUGAAUACCAAAAAUAAUAUUAAGGAGCUAUCUCGAAACACAGCAGUUUGGCGAGGAAAUGGUCAAACCAGAGCACUCCCACCGUCAGGCAAUCAACUUCAAAACGGUUGCAUAACUAUCCACGACGAAAUUCCUGAAAAUCAUGUCAACUUUUGUGGGAUAAAUAUUUUGGAACUUAAAGAAGAGCUUAAGAAAAUUCCCGAACAUGAAGAUAAAGCAGAGAUUAUAAAGAAUUCUAUAGGCCCGGUUGGAAACGAAAAUGGAGAUCGAAACACUGAUGCUGUUAGAGUCAUUUAUAAGACACGGAUCCAAACAUUAAGUGCUGAAUUUGAUGAUAAUUUAUGA